AUGCCUAUGUUUCAAUUCCCUACAUUAACAAAAACCGGAUCUAUGGUGGUGAAUCUGGUGAACCGGCUUCCUACGGUAUCCACGCUGAAUACGCCGAAUGCCACGCCGAAUGCCACCCCUAAUACCGACCCUAACAUCACCCCUAAUAUCACCCCUAAUAUCAACCCGAAUACCACGCCGAAUAUCAACCCCCCGAAUGCCACGCCGAAUGCCACCCCUAAUCAAAUCUCUAUCGCACAGCCGUUCCUCUAUUCAAAGAACUACGUCAACAGGGGUAUGGAGCAUGUGGAACCACUCGUCCAAACCAGGUUCCAGCAGUACUAG